AUGGACGAGGCAGCGAAACGCGUCAACACUGUCCUCGAUGAAUAUCAGAAGAAACGAGAGGACUUUGCCCUCGACGCCGCGAUCAAGAUCGGUGGCGGAGCAACUAUCGGAUUGACUUUUGGUAUUUUGACCAAGAGACUCAUCAAGAUCCGACGUUCCGUUGUUGCUGGCAGCUUCAUCGGACUUGGAAUGGCGGUUGAGCGAUAUUCUCAACAACUUAGCGCUCCUUACGUUCUCCCUCCAACCUGUGAUGUCACCCCUGCCGCUCGAUUCUUCCCUGACAAGUUCGAAUGCAGCCAGGCUAACAAACUCUGCGCUCUUCUUGGACUCGGUUCAUCUGUUGUUGACGAAGUAAAGGCUGAAGCUAACGAAGUCGCAAAAGAAGUCGAUCAGGUUGCCGAAACCGUCGACACCGAAGCCAAGGUCGUCGAAGCCGUCGCCGAGGAAGUCGAAGCUGUCGCUGAAAAGGCUGAAGCUCUGCCCGUGGUUGAGCCUGUCGCUGAGAAGAUCGAAGAAGCUGCCGAAAAGGUCGAAGAAGUUGCCCAGGAGGUGGAAGCUGUCGCUGAGAAGGUUGAGGAAGUCGCUCAAGAGGUUGAAAAAGAGUAG